AUGAUUCCAAGUGCUUUCAUAUUGCGCUUGAACUUACAUUGCAUGCGCACUUCUAUCCCUUUUAUAUUGUACUUGCAACCAGAUAUUUCAGCAGGUUUUGGAUCUGUGAUCCCUGGCCUUUGUUUUAAAAAGUUUAACCUGCUGGGCUUGGACAGCUCCGAAAGUUCCAGAGGACCCAGCGCUGUGAGUGGCGUUUUCUGCAGUGCGGUGGUGGUGUUCAUCGUGAUUCAUACCGAAGAUGCUGGAAUGUGGAGGGAGACCAAAGGGCAGUUUCUUAUUGACCACAUCUGCAACUACUACAGCUUGCUGGAGAAGGACUAUUUUGGCAUUCGUUAUGUGGACCCAGAGAAGCAGCGGCACUGGCUUGAGCCUAAUAAGUCCAUCUCCAAGCAAAUGAAAUCUCAUCCACCAUACACCAUGUGCUUUAGAGUGAAAUUCUACCCACAUGAACCCUUGAAGAUUAAAGAAGAGCUCACAAGGUAUCUUUUGUACCUGCAGAUUAAAAGAGAUAUUUUCCACGGUCGGCUGCUCUGCUCCUUUUCAGAUGCGGCCUGUCUGGGUGCCUGUAUCGUUCAAGCUGAGCUCGGCGAUUAUGAUCCUGAUGAGCAUCCUGAGAAUUACAUCAGUGAGUUUGAGAUUUUCCCCAAGCAGUCACAGAAGCUGGAAAGAAAAAUAGUGGAAAUCCAUAAAAAUGAACUCAGAGGCCAGAGCCCACCAGUUGCUGAAUUUAACUUACUCCUGAAAGCUCACACUUUGGAAACCUAUGGGGUAGACCCCCACCCAUGCAAGGAUUCAACAGGCACAACAACAUUUUUAGGAUUCACUGCAGCAGGCUUUGUGGUAUUCCAGGGAAAUAAGCGAAUCCAUUUGAUAAAAUGGCCGGAUGUCUGCAAGUUGAAGUUUGAAGGGAAGACAUUUUAUGUGAUUGGCACCCAGAAGGAGAAAAAAGCCAUGUUGGCAUUCCAUACUUCGACACCAGCUGCCUGCAAACAUCUUUGGAAGUGUGGGGUGGAGAACCAGGCCUUUUAUAAAGAAGGAAAAAACUCUUCCCCUUCAAGGUCUUUCAGCUGGACCAACAUUUAUGACAAAUUAACAGGAGAAAAAACCCUCAAGUUUUAUUAUGGGCACAUGGAGGCCCAAAGUGAAAUUGAGACCUAA